GUCCGGCGAGGGCGAGGACGGUGAGGGGACGCUGCCGUGUGCCUGCAGGCGACCCUGCGCAGGGAAAGUCGGCGGCGGGGACGUGCUCCUGGACGCUGCCAGCCUCACAAUGAACGACCUGGACACAGAGGUACUGCCCUUGCCGCCACGGUAUAGAUUCCGUGACCUGCUUUUAGGAGACCAGACAUUCCCGAACGACGACAGGCUUCAUGUGGAAGAUUUCAGCCUGGACUCUUCCCUUUCUCAGGUCCAGGUGGAAUUCUAUGUCAAUGAGAACACCUUCAAAGAACGCCUCAAGCUGUUCUUCAUCAAAAACCAGAGAUCCAGCCUGAGGAUCCGGCUGUUCAACUUCUCCCUCAAGCUCCUCACCUGCCUGCUGUACAUUGUCCGUGUCCUGCUUGACAACCCAGACCAGGGCAUCGGAUGCUGGGGCUGCACGAAGUAUAACUACACGUUCAAUGGUUCGUCCUCGGAGUUCCACUGGGCUCCCAUCCUGUGGGUGGAGAGGAAAAUGGCUCUGUGGGUGAUCCAGGUCAUUGUGGCCACAAUAAGCUUCUUAGAGACCAUGCUCCUCAUUUACCUCAGCUACAAAGGCAACAUCUGGGAGCAGAUAUUCCAUGUGUCUUUCGUCUUGGAGAUGAUCAACACACUGCCCUUCAUCAUCACGGUCUUCUGGCCACCUCUCCGGAACCUGUUCAUCCCUGUGUUUCUCAACUGCUGGCUGGCCAAGCACGCCCUGGAGAACAUGAUCAACGACUUCCACCGUGCCAUCCUGCGCACGCAGUCAGCCAUGUUCAACCAGGUGCUCAUCCUGUUCUGCACCCUGCUGUGCCUGGUCUUCACAGGGACCUGUGGGAUUCAGCACUUGGAGCGGGCAGGUGGCAACUUGAACUUGCUGACCUCCUUCUACUUCUGCAUCGUGACUUUCUCAACCGUGGGCUUCGGUGAUGUGACACCCAAGAUCUGGCCAUCCCAGCUCCUGGUAGUCAUCCUGAUCUGUGUCACCCUUGUGGUGCUCCCACUGCAGUUUGAAGAGCUUGUCUACCUCUGGAUGGAGCGGCAAAAGUCAGGGGGCAACUAUAGCCGCCACCGAGCACGGACAGAGAAGCAUGUGGUCCUGUGUGUGAGCUCCCUCAAGAUCGAUCUCCUCAUGGAUUUCCUGAAUGAGUUCUAUGCCCACCCCCGGCUCCAGGACUACUACGUGGUCAUCCUGUGUCCCUCGGAAAUGGAUGUCCAGGUGCGCAGGGUACUACAGAUUCCCCUGUGGUCCCAGCGUGUCAUCUACCUCCAGGGCUCUGCCCUCAAGGACCAGGACCUCAUGCGAGCUAAGAUGGACAACGGAGAGGCCUGCUUUAUCCUCAGCAGCAGGAAUGAGGUGGACCGGACAGCUGCGGAUCACCAGACCAUCCUUCGAGCCUGGGCUGUGAAGGACUUUGCCCCCAACUGCCCCCUCUAUGUCCAGAUUCUCAAGCCCGAAAACAAGUUUCACGUCAAAUUUGCUGACCAUGUGGUGUGCGAGGAAGAGUGCAAGUACGCCAUGCUGGCCCUGAACUGCAUCUGCCCGGCCACCUCCACCCUCAUCACCCUGCUGGUGCACACAUCCCGUGGCCAGGAAGGACAGGAGUCACCAGAGCAGUGGCAGCGCAUGUACGGGCGCUGCUCAGGCAACGAGGUGUACCACAUUCGCAUGGGCGACAGUAAAUUCUUCCGGGAGUAUGAGGGCAAGAGCUUCACCUACGCAGCCUUCCACGCGCACAAGAAGUAUGGGGUGUGCCUCAUUGGGCUGAAACGUGAAGAGAACAAGAGUAUCCUGCUGAACCCGGGGCCACGGCACAUCCUGGCCGCCUCUGACACCUGCUUCUAUAUCAAUAUUACCAAGGAGGAGAACUCAGCUUUCAUCUUCAAGCAGGAGGAAAAGCAGAAGAGGCGGGGCCUGGCAGGGCAGGCCCUUUACGAAGGGCCCUCCCGGCUCCCAGUGCACAGCAUCAUCGCCUCUAUGGGGACAGUGGCCAUGGACCUGCAGAACACAGAUUGCCGGCCCUCCCAGGGUGGCAGUGGUGGGGGCGGCGGCAAGCUGACUCUGCCCACUGAGAACGGCUCUGGCAGUCGGCGUCCCAGCAUCGCACCCGUUCUGGAGUUGGCAGACAGCUCAGCCCUGUUGCCCUGCGACCUGCUGAGUGACCAAUCAGAGGAUGAGGUGACACCCUCAGACGACGAGGGGCUCUCUGUGGUUGAGUAUGUGAAGGGCUACCCUCCCAACUCACCCUACAUUGGCAGCUCCCCGACUUUAUGCCACCUCUUGCCUGUAAAGGCCCCCUUCUGCUGCCUGCGACUGGAUAAGGGCUGCAAACACAACAGCUAUGAGGAUGCCAAGGCCUACGGGUUCAAGAACAAGCUGAUUAUCGUCUCUGCUGAGACAGCAGGCAACGGGCUCUACAACUUCAUCGUGCCUCUGCGUGCCUACUACCGGUCCCGCCGGGAGCUCAACCCCAUUGUGCUGCUGCUUGACAACAAGCCUGACCACCACUUCCUGGAGGCCAUCUGCUGCUUCCCCAUGGUCUACUACAUGGAGGGAUCCGUGGACAACCUGGACAGCUUGCUGCAGUGUGGCAUCAUCUAUGCUGACAAUCUGGUGGUGGUGGACAAGGAGAGUACCAUGAGCGCUGAAGAGGACUACAUGGCAGAUGCCAAGACCAUCGUCAACGUGCAGACCAUGUUCAGGCUUUUCCCCAGUCUCAGCAUCACCACGGAGCUCACGCACCCUUCCAACAUGCGGUUCAUGCAGUUCCGGGCCAAGGACAGCUACUCUCUGGCUCUUUCCAAACUUGAAAAGCAAGAACGGGAGAAUGGCUCCAACCUGGCCUUCAUGUUCCGCCUGCCAUUUGCUGCUGGUCGGGUGUUUAGUAUCAGCAUGUUGGAUACGCUGCUCUACCAGUCCUUCGUGAAGGACUACAUGAUCACCAUCACCAGGCUGCUGCUGGGCCUUGACACGACGCCAGGCUCUGGCUACCUCUGUGCUAUGAAGGUAACUGAGGAUGACCUGUGGAUCCGUACUUAUGGCCGCCUCUUCCAGAAACUCUGCUCCUCCAGCGCUGAGAUCCCCAUCGGCAUCUACAGGACCGAGUGCCAUGUCUUCUCCUCUGAGCCUCAUGACCUCAGAGCCCAGUCUCAGAUCUCGGUGAACAUGGAGGACUGCGAGGACACUCGGGAGGCCAAGGGGCCCUGGGGCACACGGGCUGCGUCUGGCAGUGGCAGCACCCAUGGCCGUCACGGGGGCAGUGCUGACCCGGUGGAGCACCCACUACUGCGCCGCAAGAGCCUGCAGUGGGCCCGCAAGCUGAGCCGCAAGAGCAGCAAGCAGGCGGGGAAGGCACCCGUGACCACAGACUGGAUCACCCAGCAGCGACUCAGCCUGUACCGGCGCUCAGAGCGCCAGGAGCUCUCGGAGCUGGUCAAGAACCGAAUGAAGCACCUGGGGCUGCCCACCACUGGCUACGAGGACGUAGCAAAUUUAACAGCCAGUGAUGUGAUGAAUCGGGUAAACCUGGGAUAUUUGCAAGAUGAGAUGAACGAUCAUCACCAGAACACCCUUUCCUAUGUACUCAUCAACCCCCCGCCAGACACAAGACUGGAGCCCAACGAUAUUGUGUACCUCAUCCGUUCCGACCCCCUGGCCCAUGUGACCAGCAGCUCCCAGAGUCGGAAAAGCAGCUGCAGCAACAAACUGUCCUCCUGUAAUCCUGAGACCCGGGAUGAGACCCAGCUCUGAGCCCCAUUCUGAGGCGGACAGGUGGACACGGGAGAAUAGAGGGGACAUUGUCACAGGCCAGUCUGGUCCAAGCAGGCUGCAUUAUGACUUUAUACAGUGGUUCCAAGACUUGCCCCCAGAAAGGAAAUCCUCUCAGUGGGGCCAACAGUGAGACCACCGGACCACCCUGGAAACUGGCAUGAGACAUUUUUUAACCUAUUUUUACAAAUCUGAAUGAUUUGCAUCUCCUUACAUAGCUGUACCACAACUCGUGACUAGGGUCUGGCUUAAGUGUGAGGCAGGCAGACAGAACAAGGACUGGACACUACCCUGGAUCCUACAGUCUUUCAUGGCUUCACUCAGCAAUGUCUGAAGGGGUGCUGGGGUGCACGGGAGAAGGAAUGACCUGGAACUGCAGAGUUCCACAGAGGACUGAGAAGUCCUCCUGCAUGGAAACCAACUGUACUCUGUAGCCAUUCAACAUGCUGUUCUGAUCGGAGCUUCUGCAUGGCUCUGGGACUACACCACGGCCUAUGGGGUGCCUCUCCCCAGAACCAGGCAAGGGGCCAACCACUAAAGGUGCCGUGCCCUUUAAGAGGAGAAAAACAGGGGCUUAGCCCUGGUCAGGAGACCCCACCCUGAACCUGAGCUCUGCAGCCCCCUGCAUGAGUGGAGGGGGGGACUAUAGUGGAUCCUCAAGAAGUUCUGAGGCUGUGACUAAGAAAGUCACACUUGAGCUUCCCAGCCAUGGCCUCUGGGGACACAGAACUGGCAGAUGGUGUGUCUCUGUGGAUCAUUUCACACUCAAAGCAAGUCUUGUCUCUAAAACUCCUGAUCUGAGAAGCACAAUUAGCUCUGGGCCCUGGCCAUGCCUCAGGUCUCCAGGGAUUCCUCCAGGCAGCUGACUUCAUUCUUGUUUAUGGUUUGUAUGAUCAGAACCGGAACCUUCUAUUAAAAUGGAUACAUCCUGCA